UUGACGUUUUCACCAUAGUGGUAAAGUGUUCAAAGCAAUAUACAAAAGUAUUUAUUCCAUGCGGACUGCCAGGGUUUGAAAAAAGUUCUUCGUUUGAUUGUAUUUAGGUACAAAAAUGCAAAAGAAGGAUAUAAAUCCGUUUGCCAUGUUAGGCCUAAGGCCUUGGUUAACGAAACAACUUCAAAAAUUGGGGCUUAAAACUGCCACACCAAUCCAGCAAAGCUGUGUUCCAGCAAUACUUGCCGGCCUUGACUGCGUUGGAGCUGCUAAAACGGGGUCUGGUAAAACAUUUGCAUUUGCAUUACCCAUUCUCGAAAGAUUAAGUGAAGAACCGACCAGUCAUUUCGCGUUAGUGUUGACACCAACGCACGAGCUUGCUUAUCAAAUUUCGGAGCAAUUCUUAAUUGCUGGUCAACCGAUGGGUGUGCGUGUAUGCGUUGUCUCUGGAGGCACAGAUCAAAUUAUUGAAAGUCAAAAACUAACACAACGCCCACACAUUGUUGUUGCCAUGCCUGGACGUCUAGCUGACCACUUAACUGGCUGUGAUACUUUUUCCUUUGAUAAUCUCAAAUAUUUAGUUGUUGACGAAGCCGAUCGUAUGCUGAAUGGAGAUUUUGAUGAAAGUUUGGCCGCAAUCGAACGUUGCUUACCCAAAGAUCGCCAAAAUCUUUUUUUCUCAGCCACAAUGAAGGAUUUUAUUAAGGAAUCGAGUAUAUUUCCCAUCGCAAAGGAUUGUUUUGAAUGGUCGGAAGAGUCUGAGGUUGCAACAGUGGAUACACUUGAUCAGCGUUACAUGUUAUGUGCAGAUUAUGAUCGGGAUAUGGUUUUAAUAGAAGCACUGAGAAAAUAUCAAGAAGAAAAUGAAAACACGAAUUCAAUAAUUUUUACUAACACAAAAAAAUACUGUCAGUUGCUGUCUAUGACCCUAAAUAGCAUGGGUAUAGAUAACGUCUGCUUACAUGGUUUCAUGCGGCAGAAGGAGAGAGUUAUCGCCUUACAUCGUUUUAAAUCCAAUCAUGUACGUACGCUUAUUGCUACCGACGUCGCUGCGCGUGGUCUUGACAUACCAAGUGUACAUUUGGUAAUUAACCAUCGCUUACCACGCACACCAAAAGAAUAUAUACAUCGCGUUGGGCGUACAGCCCGUGCUGGUCGGAAAGGAGUAGCAAUAUCUAUAUUCCGAUUUCCGCGCGACUUGGAGUUGCUCGACGAAAUUGAAGCAGCAAUUAACACAAAAUUGACGGAACAUCCAAUCGAUCAACGAAUGGUGGAGCGAAUUUUUAUGCAAGUAAAUGUAACACGGCGGGAGUCAGAAAUACAUUUAGAUAACAAUGAUUUUGAAGAACGCGCUCAAAAUUAUAGGCGUAAACAGUGGAUUUUGGAAGGCAAAGAUCCUGAUGAAAUGGAAAAAGCUUUUAAUAAAAACCAACGAGAUAAAUUGCGUGAGUUUCGGCGCCAACGCAAAGAACGUCAAAAGGAAUGGUCUGAAAAAGAGGCAAAGUUUACACAAGAAGAACGUUUCAAAAAAAUCGAUGUUAAACAAUUUCAAAAACGUAAAAAAACAAAAUUGGGAAAUAGUAAUAAUGACACAGAUAUAAAUUACACUGGAACUUCUGUUAAAUUAAAUAACAUAUCAAAUUUUGAUAUCAAAUCAAAAAAAAUUAAUAAACAUAAACCCAAAGUGAAUGUAAAGCAUAUUAGAAAUAAAACAAGAAACUAAAGAAUUUAAAAUGGUUA